GGAGUGGGAGAAGAACGUGAUUAUGAGUGGGGCUGGGAGUUAAUAUGAGGCAGCAGCAAUGACAACUAAUAGAGCAGCCGGGUCCAGAACAAUUAGCAAUUAGUGACGCUGCCGUUUAGCCCUGUGCGAAUGUGUAGCCGAGGUUUAGCGCUUUAUUUCAUUCUCCAGCUCAGCUCGUGAGACAGGUGCGUCCCUUUCUCGCUGACCCAUGAUUUCUCGCGCUAGGACCACGCAGCUUCCAGUCGCUCUCAGUCCUCUAUGUUCGCCCUUCGUUCAGUCAGUCCUCUCCAUUCCCCGGCCCUUUAUUCUCCCCGGUACCGAGAAGAGCCAGGCCCAGUGUCCAUCGCUGCUCAGCCUCCAGGUGCGGCCCGGCUCCCCAGCAGAGACACAGGCCGGGAGGGAGAGAGAGGAGGAGGGGGAGGAGGAGGGAGGGAUGGGGGUGCAGCUGAGAUGUUGUUACCUGGAAGAUGGCUGCUGUUCCAACAUCCACAUCAUGAUGCCCAGGAAAAAUGGAGAGAGCGAGGAAAAGAGAGAGAAGCAACUGUGCCAGGAUUUCCAUGUAAAGCUCAUAUAGGAGCCGAGGAGCCGAGCCUUCCUGGGGAACCAGCCCUUCCUCAAUCCCCAAUCAGCUAUGGACAGAGACUACAUUGUGAGGGUCCGAGCAGUGGUGAUGUGCAGGGACGAUUCUAGUGGGGGCUGGGUUCCUAUGGGAGGAGGCGGUCUCAGCCACGUCAUGAUUUGCAAAGUAUGGAGACCAGAAACUUCCCACCAACGAGAUUACCUCAUCCGAGGGGAAAGACUGAAGGAUCAGACAACAAUUCUGGAGUGUGUCUUGAAGAAGGGUUUGGUGUAUAACAAGGCCAAUCCAAUCUUCCACCACUGGAAGCUGGAGGACAGCAAGUUUGGUUUGACAUUCCAGAGCCCAGCUGAUGCAGUCACAUUUGAAAGAAGUAUACAGGCUGCCAUGGAGGAACUGGCAGAAGGCUCCCUUUCACGUUCAUCAUCCUCGUCCUCCUCUUCCUCCUCUACACCAGGAGAAGCAGAAGCUUUAGAAGAUGCGUUGCCUCUACAUACAGAUAGUGAGUCCUCCUCUAACAGUCGAAAGGAGAUGCUUCCAAAACACAUAACCAUCGUUACCAGUGAGUCCUCAUCCAGUUGCUAUGUGAGAUCCCCUGUAUCUGAGGAUUUUGGCUUCAGCACUGGUCCAUCAGUCAGCCCUACAACACAGCCACUACAGAGACUGUCUUUCCACGAUGAAGAAGAACUGGAGAGCAUCAACCCAUGCAAGGACCUUUGGGUAUCAAAGGGUUAUGAAGAUUACCGUCGUGCAGCCUUGCAGCGGACUGAACAGCCCAAGUCUGAUCUGAGAGUUCACUUUCAAAAAGCCAGUGGGAGUAAAGCUAAGGAAAGCCAAUUCCCAGGAGCCACAGGCACAGCAUUAACAGAAAGUGAAGAGCCCUUGAAAGACCCUAGUGCCUCCCCUUCUUGUCGAAUACAUGGUACUCCUUCUCCUAAAUCUAAGGAACAUCCUAAUGUCCUUGGAGAGGAGGACACAGCCACUGCCCGCUGUGUUUACUGCAGGGACGUGUUUACUAGUGAGGAGAAUGGCAGAGGGCAGUGCCAGGAUGCUCCUGACCCUAUUGGGCAUUGUGUCUACCAGUUGUCUUGCAUGUGGUGCGCUGAAAGUGUUCUGUACCACUGCAUGUCAGACUCAGAAGGUGAAUAUUCGGACCCUUGCUCCUGUGAUCCAGGACACCCCCACUUUUGUGUACGCUGGGUUGUCCUUGUGGCCUUGUCUCUUGUAGUUCCCUGCAUGUGCUGCUACCUCCCGUUGCGGGCGUGCCAUUGGUGCGGAGAACAUUGUGGCUGUUGUGGGGGGAAGCACAAAGCAGUGCGGUGAGAGGAGGAGAACUGGGAAGAAGGAGAAAAGUAAAAUGUUCAACCUGUGGCAUCUGAGGAUCCACUUUCUAUUUACAUGGCAGAAAAAGCAUAAGCCUUCAGGUGGUAGAGGUGGCCAUGGAAAUACGUGUAUUCUUUUGGAAGGGAUGCGGUUGCCGAAGCAAUGGCCUACAAAAAAUUGGAAAAGGGAAAUUGUAUAAGGAAAUUGUAAGUUAAACAACAGUCCUUCAAUGUGAGCAAAUGCAGAAUCUUUGCUGCGAGUUAUGUCCCACCUAGAACCCUACUGAGAUAAGGUUAAUGAUAUGGAUCAGUAAGUGUUAGAAAAAUAUAUAUAUCAAGUGAGAAAUAUUCCUCACCUGGUGGAAACAUUGCAAGGUCCUAUGUUAUUUUAUGGACUCUAAAACACUGGCUAUGGAAUUGCGUGUAUUCUUUUGGAAGGGAUGCGGUUGCUGAAGCAAUGCCCUACCAAAAAUGGGAAAUUGUAUAAGGAAAUUGCAAGUUAAACAAAAGUCCUUCAAUGUGAGCAAAUGCCAAAUCUUUGCUGCAAGCUAUAGAACCCUACUGAGAUAAGGAUAAUGAUAUGGAUCAGUAAGUGUUAUACAAUAUAUACAUCAAAUGAGAAAUAUUUCUCACCCGGUGGAAACAUUGCAGGGUCCUAUAUUAUUUUAUGGACUCCCUAAAGUGUCUGUGAUCUCACCAACUUAUAACAUAGAUUCCAUAAAAUAGCAUGGUAUGGUCAAAAGAGUCUGACUGUACAGAUUAUUCGUAACCUAGAGCAGCAUUCAUCACUCUGGGCUGUCUGGCUGCUGCUGGGCUCAAGGAUGAUGGCGGCUGUAUUUCAGCAGCAGGUGAAGACUUGAAGGUCAAAGGUCUCUCUGCCUGUCCUUAUCUCUUUGAGCAGGAAAACUUUUGAAAAAUACCAAAUGUGAAGCUGCAUACACUUCAAUGCAUUUUGCAUUUUUCAUAAGCAUUCUACUUAGAGAGAUGCACUGGCAACGCUGAUCUUAACUGAUCUAGCGCGUCCGUGUGUGUGUGUAGGAGAAAACCAGGCCACUUCCAAUUCCAGGAGAACAUCGUUAGAAUGAAAUAUAUGAGGUUACAUUUUUUUAAAUGUUUUUUAUGCUUGUGCAACAAAAAUGUAACCGCUUUUUAUUGCACUGAUUGGAUUCCGUACUGGAUCCCCCAUGAAUAGGAUACACAUAAUAAAUUAUUUAUCUAUCGUG